AUGCUGGCGUCACAUCGAGAGCAGGAGAAUCGGCUUCUCAGCCACCAGAUUCCUGCCAAGCAGCAGCCAAAGACGCCUGGCAUGCGAUAUCCGAAAACACCAAUGGACCUGGGCCGGGGUAACGAGAAUGCCUUGGCCGGAUUUGCGGGCAAAAAUGCGAUCCAAGGGGCGGCUAACGUUGGAGAGAAUCGAACAUUCAUUUCCAAGAAACCCAUGAUGACCCCGACAGAAUCUCGGAUGCGAGCUCCACUGGGAAACAAGACGACCAACGCAAAAGCCAGAAACAACCAAGGACUUGGGAUUGGGGGCAAGAGUGCCAUAAAUGGGAUUGAGAAGACAAAUAUCAAGACUAUCGCCAGUCAAAACCGGAAACAGAAACAAAGGCAGAGACAAGCUGAACUGGCGCCCAAGAAUCUUUUCUUCCAGCUCAGAGAUGGCCAGGAUCCGGAUCACGACGAGCCAGAAUACGCACCGCCCAACCCUCAACCUUUACCAUACCAAUCCGAUGUCUUUCCGCGCAGUGGCCUCACCUUUAAAGGGCUGAAUAAAGACAAUCUGCUCAAAGGUUACUAUGAGCAUUUUUAUAACCCGGUGGACGCUCAUGGGGUGUCACGAAUGGACAAACAACUCGAGGACGAAAUUGAAACCGCGAUAGAAAAGGCCAUAGAGCGCAACGACCAGGACACGGAUGAGUUUACAUGGAACAGUGCCGAUAUUGCAGAUGGAUUGGAGAUUGCAGAGCGAAUGGCUAGGCAGAAAAGGAAAUCCACCUCUUCUUCAAGUCGGCGCACAAUGGUAACCAGAUCGUCCAGAUCUGGUUUAUCUGGAGGAAAGGCUCUGGUACCGGAAGAUUAUGAGGGUCAUGCCAUUACUCGAUCAUCAAGGCAGCGAAUCGUAGGCCCUUCUGUAGAGGCAUCAUCCCCCCGGGAACCUUCGACACCAUUUUCGCUUCGCAAUCGAGAAGAGAGUGUUUCUAGGCGGUCGACCCGUGCACACAGAGUGGCCCGAGAUGAGUUUGACGACAAUGAGUCUGAGCCAACUGACAGGAUGGGCGUGGUCCAUCGCAACGCGUCCUAUGAUAGGAUGGCAUCUGAUGGCGAAUAUGCUGGCGGCAAUCUUCCGCUGGCUAGUUUGUCCUACCAAGACUCAGAGGAUGAGGAGGUGUUUGAACUGAAAUUUGACGUUUAG